AUGAGUUCCUCAGAACAUGAACAGUUCCUACGGGAAUGGACGUUUUCCUCUCGUCUUUUAUUCUACUCAAUCAUUGCUGUCACUUCAUUAACUCUUCCAGUACUUGUACUGAUUAUGGCUUUGAUUCGACCACACCGAAAUUCUCAAUAUUUCCCCUACAUGUGUGGAAUCAUCGGAGGAAACUUUGUUCUACUGUCUACAGUAUUCACAUUGGUAGUUUCAGAAAAUGUCAACGUUGUUUACUACUAUCUCCCCGGUUUCAUAAUCUGCAAGUUCUCCGCUUUCCUUGUCAACUCUGCUUCCUGCUUCAUUCAUUGGACAUGGGUUGCAAUGUACUCUCAACGAUGUAUCCAUGUAUUUUUCCCUCUUCGAUCCAGGAGAAGACUACCUAGGAGUACAUGGAAUACGCUUUUGAUCAUCCUGCUAUUCUCUUGUGCAUGUCAAAUCUGGGCUCCGAUCACAAUAACAGAACUCAACUUCUCGCACGGAAACAACAGCCAGGGCACGUAUUGUGCAGAGGAUCCGUAUUUCAGCAGUUCGUCAAAGAUCAUUGUCCUUGUGGAGAGCACAAUAACAUUCUUUAUUCCGUUCAUGCUGACAGUUCUCGCAGAUAUUUCUGUUUUGGUGUCAAAAGUACCGUGGCAAACUCCAUUCAAACUGAUUUCAGCAGACGAUUUGAGGAGUAAUAAUAGAAGUGAUAACAUGAAAAUUGUAUCAAAAUUGAACUUAGAGAGUGCUGAAAAACGAAGAAUAAAUGCAAUCAAAAGAUGUCUCAUUUCUGCAACGUUGACUCUGGUUUUGAAUCUUCCAAAUUAUGUUCUUCAGGUGGUUGAUGAAUUCUACUCACUGAGGGAACACAGAGAAGUAUCAAUUCGUCGGAUUUUCCUUCAGGCGGAUGCAGCUGUUUACAUUCUAUACCUUUUGCAAUUCCCAUUGGUUCCAGUAAACAUGUAUUUCCUCCGUCAGAACAUCACAAGAAGCUCCAGAAAAUUGCGAGAGAAGACAACACUACAACAAGAGCACAGUAGAUCAUUCCAAGUUCUCGAAAUGAGUAAUGAUCAGAGCAGAAUUCCAUUGAGUACAACAAUUCCUUCACCUACGUCGCAGACUUGA